AUUUUUAUUAAUCUAUGGUCUGUUCUGUGACAUUGAUAAUGAUAAUUUCAAUUUGAAUUUGAUAAAAUUAUUAUUUUAUCUCUUACAAAUUUUAUUUUUUAAUCAACUAGAAAAUAAAUCCAGCAUUUUUAUAUUUAAUAAAAAUCACGAUGCAAUAUUCUUUUCUAAAUCUGUGUAAAAUAGCUAUAUUUCUAUUGGUUUUAAUGAGCGUCGUCCAACAUGUCGUAAUAGCUAAUUCGUCGCCGAAAAAAUUGCAAAUUGGAAUAAAAAAGAGACCUUCUGAAUGUCCUAUUAAAAGUAAAAAAGGAGAUUUUCUUCACAUGCAUUAUACGGGCACGUUAGAAGAUGGCACAGAGUUUGACAGUUCAAUUCCUAGAGGAAAUCCCCUAACCUUCACUCUUGGGUCUGGACAGGUCAUCAAAGGAUGGGAUCAAGGACUCAUUGGAAUGUGUGAAGGUGAACAGAGAAAGCUAGUUAUUCCACCUGAACUUGCCUAUGGAGAAGCGGGUGCACCACCAAAGAUACCAAAGUCUGCAACUUUAACUUUUAUGGUUGAUCUUGUGAAAAUCGAGAGAAAAGAUGAACUUUAACUUGAUAAUAACUAAGUUAUAAACAUUCCAUACAUUUAACUAUCAACAUACCAGUUUACACAUACUUUAUAUUGUUACUAGCGGAUGACCGCGAUUUUGUCCGUGUGGAAAUCAAAUUUACAACCCGUAUUUCACCACUUGAGGGUACUAAAAAUUCUUGAAUCACAUUAUAUUUUUGUAUUUUUUCUAUGAUUUAUGAACAAAUUUUUACAACAAUUUAUGAACAAACUGUAACUAAAAAUCCAGGAUUUCCGUACAAACUUUCAACCUCUAUUUCACCUGCUGCUAUUUUUUUUAGGGUUAAAAAGUACUCUAUGUUUUGCUCCAAGGUCCUUCAUCAUUAUACCAAAGGUCAUUCACCAUUAUACCAAAAUUAAUCUUGAUUGGUUCAUCUGUUUAGCUGUGAAAAGGUGACAGACAGACAAUUACUUUUGCUUUUAUAAUAUUAGUAUUCAGUGUAGAUUUUGUAUAUUAAUUAGUAAUUACACUGACACAGACACAAAAUAUUGCAGAUUUAACAUAACACUUAAUCUAUUUACACUGAAAUAUCAUGCUAAAUUGAUGUGAACUAUUAUUAUUGGUGUUAGAUAAAAUUAACCAUCUGAAUAUGCAAUAUGAUGAGAAAGCUUUGUCAUUGUGCUAGCUAUAAGAUCUCUGAAAGCAUUUUGUAUGUAUAAGUUUAAUGUAAUGUUUUUAAAAUAAAUUACUAAUAAAAUG